GACUUAUGAGUUAUGAGUGAUGUCAAAUUAGUAAUCACAGAUCUGACUUCUGAGUCCAAUAAUUUAUUUUGAUUUGUGUUUUGGAGUUUACAUUGUCUCUGUAUAUUGAAUUCAGGCUAUUCAUACAGAAUUGUUAAAAGCGUUGAGAAUUUCACAAAUUUGACCAUGGAAAAAGACUUGGACAAAGUUGUUGAGGAAAUAAUGUCAACACCCAACGUCACUGGAUGUUUAUUUGCUGAUCAUAAAGGCUUGUGUUUAGCAGCUAAAGGUGCUGCUCAUGUAGAUUCCGCUGGAAUUCUCGUAGCUAUAUCCGAACAGGCUUGUAAGCUACAGCCCAAUCUGAAGCCACCCACUGUGUGCCUAGAAACUGACCAAAAAAUGUGUUUGAUCCAACGGCACGGUACUAUUACUGGAGGGAUUUUCAAAUUAAAGGCAUAGAAUAGCAAGUGACAAAUAUGCCGCCUUAUUCGGUCGCAUUUUGUUUGAAGAUGUGAUGAUUCAUUCAUUUAUGUCAGUACCCACAAUUUUGCCAAUGCCCUGUACUUGUAGAUGUAUUAAAAUUAACAACCAUUUGUCCAUAUCCACAGUGUUAUGAUUGAAAGGUGAAUAAAUGAACAUUAUGUAAAAAGAAGGAAGUUAACAGUUAUAUUUUUUAUGUAAAAUACUAUAACAUUAUAUUUCAUUAAAUCUCUCGUUGUAUCCAAUAUAAGAAUAUGAAGAAUUCACAAUUAUAGAUAUAGGUAUGUAAGUGUUCUGUAAUUAUUGUUUUAAUAAAUUACUUAUUUAUCAA